AGAUGAGACAGAGGCACGGCCAGGCCACGUGGGCCUGGAGGACGUUGGAAGGGCACAACUGUGCUCUCAGUGAGGCAGGGGUCAGGGGACAGAGUGGAGCAGGAGGGGGACAUGUCCUGAUGUCCCCUUCAAUGGGUCCCAGUGGCUGCUGUGCUGAGAGCAGACUUGGGAGGUGAGGGAGGCAGUGUGGACGCAGGAGGGGUCUGUGCCGGGCUCCAGGAUGGAGAUGCUUCCCGGGGUGAGUGUUGGGAAUAGUGGGUGUGGGGGGACCCUGGAAACCUUCUGAGGGGGCCCUGACGGCCUUCCUAAUGUUUAAUGUGGGGUACGAGGGAGAGGAGUCCAGGUCACCAAACAUCUCAGAGGACACAAGCAGAGAGAAGAAGUUGUGUCAGCAGAGAUGGGGAGACUCUGGAAGCAGCAGAUUUGAGGGGACGUCACAGCCGUUCAUUGCCAGAGAAUGUGGAGCUGAGACGUGUGUGAGAUCCCAGGGAGUCGUCUGAUUGGUGGUUGGACCGCUGAGUCUGGAGAUGGGGAGAUGUGUGGGCUGCACAGAUAGACUUGGGAGGCCACACACACAAAUGCUACUGAAAGCCGUGAGCAUGGGCCAGGUCACCAAGGGGGUGACAGCUACAGAAGACGAAGGAGAAGGACUGAACCAGGGUCCCAGUGCUGAGUGAUCUGAGUGGACCGCACACCAGAGCCGCCUGCACAGUCGUCUCUGUGUCUAGAAGGCUGUUGAGCACCGAGUCCCAGACUUUCUUGUGCCCACAAAUUACCUGCACACUUUGUUAAGACUCAGGAAGUCUGGAGCAGAGAGUGGGAUUCUGGAUUUAUAACAAUGCUGGUGCGGCUGCUGCUGGUCCUCAGGUCGCACAUUUAGCAGCAGGAACCCAGACCAGGAUCCCACAGGGCUGUGUGUCAGCCUGUCCUGCAGGGCUUGUCACAGGAGUGACCCUGGCCUGGGGCCUAAUCCCCUGAGACUCGGGUCUGGGAGGGACCUGGGGUUUGUAGAGACCUGGGGUUUGUAAGCAGCCCCACGAGCCAUCCUGGGGAUCAGCCAGGGUGGGACCACUGAGGUCAGUGUCGGAGGUCAGGGUGGGGAGGGGUCUUCAAUGCACAUUUAGUGGGGUUUUUUUCCUCAUAAAGAAAAGGGAGGACGCUUGUGGCAUCGAGAUUCUGGGAAAGCGAAAUGGAAGGGUUUGUGUCUAACCUAAUGGUCUGCAAUCUGGCCUACAGCGGGAAGCUGGACGAGUUGAAAAAGGAGAUCCUGGCUGAUAAAUCCCUGGCUACUAGAACCAACCAGGACAGCAGAACUGCAUUGCAUUGGGCAUGCUCAGCUGGACAUACAGAGAUUGUUGAAUUCUUGCUGCAACUUGGAGUGCCAGUGAAUGAUAAAGAUGAUGCUGGUUGGUCUCCUCUUCACAUUGCUGCUUCUGCUGGCCGGAAUGAGAUUGUAAAAGCCCUUCUGGGAAGAGGUGCUCAAGUAAAUGCUGUUAAUCAGAAUGGCUGUACCCCCCUACAUUAUACAGCUUCCAAAAACAGGCAUGAGAUUGCUGUCAUGUUACUGGAAGGCAGAGCUAAUCCAGAUGCUAAGGACCAUUAUGAGGCUACAGCAAUGCACCGGGCUGCACCCAAGGGUAACUUAAAGAUGAUUCAUAUCCUUCUGUACUACAAAGCAUCCAAAAACAUCUAAGACACUGAGGGUAACACUCCUCUACACUUAGCCUGUGAUGAAGAGAGAGUGGAAGAAGCAAAACUGCUGGUGUCCCAGGGAGCAAGUAUUUACAUUGAGAAUAAAGAAGAAAAGACACCCCUGCAAGUGGCCAAAGGUGGUCUGGGUUUAGCACUCAAGGGAAUGGUGGAAGGUUAAGGAGCUUGGAUUUAUUUUUACUUCAUAUGUUUUGUGGUUGUCUUCAGUGUCCUGGAAACAAAUGUACUUGUGCAUAAGACAUCAUCUACUAAUAUGAAGGUUUUUUCACCUUCAAAGUAUUAUAAACACUUUGGCUAUUGUUUCUGCUGAGAUGUUUCUUCCAAGCUUACAAUUUGCUUUCCAAGCAUUGAAUAAUGUUGAGAUUGUUCUACUACUGUUGAAUAUAGAAUGUUGGUUAAUUUUGAAUAUGUAAUUCUGUGGUUAUUGUGAGACUUCAUUACUCUCCCAUGUACCCUGUGUCCUUCUUUGAGGCAGAACAACCCCAUAGCCUCUGGCCAGUUGUUCUGCCAAAUGUUUUUAAGUGGAUUCUAGAAUGUUUCUUCUGUACAAUUGAAACACAUCCUAACUCAUUUUUCAAACUCACUCAGGCCUACACCAAAUAUUUCUGUGUUUUCAACACUAUGUUUAAUUUAUUUUUGUUAUAGGAGGAAUACUUAUAUAUUUUAGAGGACUAUAUUUUCAGUUGGAAGGCCUGUUCUCCCAAGGUUGUCAUUCAAAGCCACUAAAAUAGUGACAAAUUAUAGCUUAUGUGCCCAUGUAACUUUUUAAUGUGCUAUUUCCCUCCAUAAAAAAGUGUUGUUUUUAAAAAGGAAGUUUUGAAGUACCUAUAUUGUCAUCCUGUAUUAAAAAGAAUAUAAAUCUUGUUAACAUGCUAUUUACAAAAAUGUACUUAGAUUUGUAUUUCAGAAACUAAAAAAAUAAAAUGUUGAGAGAAAAAAAAAGGGAGGACAUAUAUUGUCAUUAAUGAGACAUGAUGUUGGGUGUCACAGUUGUUCUCUCUACCACGGGGUAGAGUCAGGUGGAAGGUUUAGGAGGCAGCCCCAGGUCAG